CCGAUUGGUCUGCUUUUCCUUGCCUGUGGCAGUUGACAGCACCUCCCAGCCGUGCACGGCCUUCUGCUUGCUAACACAGUCAGUCAGACUGCAGCAAGCUCAGCUGUAUCCCAGCCCUUCACUGGCAGAAAAGUGUACUCUCUUCAAAAGAGUCUCUGAUCAUUUUUGCUUCUUGGGUUGUUUUUUUUUUAUUUUUUUUCGGUCGGUGAUUUUUUUUUCUCCAGUUGCUGUUACUUAAUUAUAUUCCUAAUCCUGGAUGCAGUUACUGGAUUCUGCAGUACAAGUCUUCAUGAACAAGCUGCACCGCUUAGAGAUUUCACGGCAUUCAAAGGUCACAGAACUGCCACUAUGGUUAAAUGUCUUGUUUAAUGGUUGAGCAGCCUCUGAGGUACUCCAGCCAGUCAGGGUCAGGAGCUUCCAGUGUUGCUGCAUUCUGGUCUCCUGCAGCGGUGUGGAGAAAUCUCAUUUGAUAGUCCUGAUCAGAAUGCCAAAUGUGUUCGCAUGCUAGGAGAUGCACGGGUGAGAGGUCAGACAGGGGUUCUCUCUGAGCGCCGUGGCUCCUACCCAUUUAUAGACUUCCGUCUUCUCAACAGUACAACACACUCGGGGGAACUUGGCACCAAGAAAAAGGUGAAAAGACUGUUAAGCUUUCAGAGGUAUUUCCAUGCAUCCAGGCUGUUGUGUGGAAUUGUACCACAAGCCUCUCUGUACUUACUGGAUGAAGACUACCUGGGGCAAGCAAGGCAUAUGCUAUCCAAAGUGGGAAUGUGGGAUUUUGACAUUUUCUUGUUUGACCGCUUGACAAAUGGAAACAGUCUUGUAAGAUUGCUCUGCCAUCUCUUCAAUGUGCAUGGGCUUAUUCAUCAUUUCCAGUUAGACAUGGUGACAUUACACAGGUUUUUAGUUAUGGUUCAAGAAGAUUACCAUAGCCAGAACCCAUACCACAAUGCUGUCCAUGCAGCUGAUGUCACCCAAGCUAUGCACUGCUAUCUAAAGGAGCCCAAGCUUGCCAACUUCCUCACCCCUCUGGACAUUAUGCUUGGACUGCUGGCUGCUGCCGCUCAUGAUGUAGACCAUCCAGGGGUCAACCAGCCAUUUUUGAUCAAAACCAAACACCACCUCGCUGGUCUGUACCAGAACGUCUCAGUUUUAGAAAAUCAUCACUGGCGAUCCACAAUAGGCAUGCUUCGAGAAUCAGGGCUCCUUGCCCAUCUGCCAAAGGAAAUGAUACAGGAUAUUGAGCAGCAGCUGGGCUCCCUGAUCUUGGCAACAGACAUCAAUAGGCAAAAUGAGUUCUUGAUCCGUUUGAAAGCUCACCUCGACAAUCAGGAUUUGAGACUGGAGGAUGCACAUGACAGACAUUUCAUGCUCCAGAUCGCACUCAAGUGUGCUGACAUUUGCAAUCCCUGUCGGCUUUGGGAGACGAGCAAGCAGUGGAGUGAAAGGGUCUGUGAGGAAUUCUAUCGGCAAGGUGACCUGGAACAAAAAUUUGAACUGGAAAUAAGCCCUCUUUGUAAUCAGCAGAAGGACACGAUACCUAGCAUACAAAUUGGCUUCAUGUCCUACAUCGUAGAGCCACUCUUUGAAAAAUGGGCCCAGUUUACUGGAGACACUCCCCUCUCUGAAAACAUGCUAAGCCAUCUCAGGAGGAACAAGGCCAAUUGGAGGAGUUUGCUCCACAAGCAACACAGCAGUAGCAGGAGUAAUGACCACUCAGGUCAAGUGACUGAAAAUGAGGACCAGACUUUAAAUGAAGGGGACACCCCAUAGUGCCAGCUUUGCACUCUUCCUUAUAGUACUGCUGUCUCUUCCUCGCUGGUCACAACAGUGAACAAAACCGCAAGGACCAUGAGGCCAUCAACAACAGCAUGGAAAGGGAACGACAGGGGAAGCAGAAGCUGGAAGGGUCCUCGUAAAUAAACCCACUUGAAUGCUGGGUUUGGUUUUUGAGCUCCUUUGACUUCCCCACCCUCCUCCUCCUAUUUCUAAAUAUUUCUGAAGCCAUUCAUCACUUCUGAUCAUUAACUGCUUGAAUGAGAAGCUGAGCCAGUAAAUGGCUACCAAGUAACACGGGAGGAUUACAGAGAAAACAUGAGAGAGAAAAGAAACGGUCUUGGCCGUAUUUCAUUCACCAUGGGUCAUAGUGUGACACAUACCUGUAUGUAGGCCUGGAGCACCAUACAGUUUCCAGUCUGGCAGCUGGGCUGCACAUUAAACCACCAGCAUCUUCAGAACUCUGAGAAUAUCGGUCAAGUAUGAGUGCACACAGGAGAGAAAAAUCUUGUUAUUUUAAUAAUUCAAAAAAACCCCUUUUUAACUUUUGUAUUCUGUGCACCAGACAACAAAUCCAAAACCUUUGGACCGAGGUUGCUCUAUGUACACAAAACUCAAGCAUGACAAGAUUCAUUUUUUAAGUCAUUUUUAUGCCACUUUAGGUAGAGUGACAUCUUCUCCCUGCAAGGAACAGCAUUCCCUAGCAAGUCAAAGGGAAGGUGUUGUACAGUCUAAAACUUUGCAACAUAAUCAGACCUUUUUGAUGACUCUGUUUCAAUUAUAUGUUUAUAUUCACACGUGUACAUUUUCUGUAAAUAUAAAGCGCUACUGAUUCCCAUGCCAAAAUACUGAAGUAUUAUGGGAUUGCUACCUGUAUAAACAAUGGCACUGUGAACAGAAUACUAUUAGUUUUAAUACAAGAGAAAGCAUUUGUAAAUAUGAUAUAGAAUUUAUUAAUACACUAUUGUUUGCAGAUAAAGGCCUUAACUUUUAGCAUCUUUCAUCUUCUGAUAGCUGCCAAAAUCAUAUCACCAUAUAUAUGAUUCUGAACUGCCUUUACAUUUUCAGCUGCCCAGCAGAACGAAGUCUGGCAGGGCAUUUUUUGGAAACUUCACAUGCAUUCCAUACGGACCCAUACCGUUUAAUCCAUGGCACAGUGCACACUUCUAGAAGAUGCUUCACAAAGCCUGAAGUUCUGAUGUUUUAAAACACAGCAAUAUUACACAAUCUAUUUUACAAUUCAAACUGGUAAACCAUGGACCCAUGGAUUCUAACUAAGUAGCAGAGUGGUCUACAAAAUCAAAAACAUCCAACUGAGGUUCAUCCAACUGCCAGAUAUCUUGGCAGUUCUGGAGUAUAAUUGUUUUCUCAAAUGGUGCCAAACUAUCAUUUCAUCUUGUAUUGUACUGAUUUUUUAAUCUUUCGUUAGGUGACCAGCAUGUAGGUAUGGUUCUUGUUUCCUUUUCAUGAAAGAAAUGCUUUACCUGGCUUUUAUAAAUUUCACUUAAUGAAGGAAAAUGCUUUGUAGCCAAUCUAGUAAGCAAGAUCCUUCUCCCUCAUAACUAAUGCUAAUUACAGUUAAGGUUUUAGCUUACAGGGUUUUUGAAAGAUACACAAUAGUCCACUCCAUGAACCACCUUUGUUGGGGCAUUCUUUCAAUUCCUUUCUUUAACCUCCUCCUUUCAGAUAAGACCUCUACCUGGGGUGUGUGAGUAAUCAUGUGAGUAACAUGUUUGGUUUUCUUUUCAUGUGUGUUUUUCUGAUAGCAAGUGCAAUGCUAUUACAUUACUAUUUUACCACUUCUAACAAUGUUUUUGUUUAUAACUGAACUAGCUCUAAUUGUUAUACACUUGUAUUACAUGAUGUGAUUGCUAUGGCAGGCAAACAACUUAAGCCAACGUAGAUAAGGGUUAAAUUUAUAAGAAAUGUUCAAGAAAGAUGAGUUUACUUUCAAGUAAAAGUGCAAGGUAACAAUUAUUUUAAAGUGUUUAGAUAAAAAAGGUUCACAUUAAUAAGAAAUCCAGUAAAAGACACAUUAGUAAUAUACAUACAAAAUCAAUCAACAGAAAAAGUGACUGAAACACAAAGUAGAAAGAUGAAAUUCAGGUGUGUGGAAGUGUGAAGCGUAUUAGGCCAGCUAGCUUUCUCCUAUCAUUGUGUAGAUUUAUGUCAGCAAAGUAUGGACAAAUGAGAAUGUUCUUGUUUCUUCCAACUAGGACACAUACCUCACUAGAGCUCACCAUUUAAUCUUGCUAACAGUUUCUCCUGACAAGUAAGGGAGUAGUAAACCUAAGGAGUAGGUCAAAGUUACCUUCGUUUCCAAAACACUUGCAUUUUCAACUGUACCAUCUCGGGUGGUGCAGAAACAAGGUCCUUUCUAGUGUCCAAGUUAGUCUCUACUGCUGCAUCUUACUUUUCCUCUCAGUAUUCCAGAAGUUUAGAGCAAGGCAGUACCUGUUAGUCACAGUAUGCAGCCCAUAGAGGAUGUCACAUGUUAGCACACUGGCAGGUUUUCAAAUGUCUAGAGAAGUUAGGAAAGAAAGAAAAUGUCUCUUUCCCCUUUUGGGGUGCUUAUUUUCAGUAGUCAUCUUCAACUCUUUUCCAUUUAGUUGGAAGAACUAAAAAAAUGUUCUGUGGUUUAGAAACAAGCCUAUUCAUUACUGUACCCCAAUAGCUCUAGUACAAACUGUCUAAUAAUUGUGUCAGUUCUUCAAACCCAGUGAAAGAACUUUGUAUGCUCUUAGUUAUGCUGAGAUGUCAACCUGGCUUUUUUGUUACUAGUGCAUGGACCUGUUACUCAAGUCAGCCCUUUUCAGGUUAAAGUCCCUAACUAGAAAGGUUGCUCUUAUGAAAAUGGGGGUGGGCCUUUUUUUAUUUUUGCAUGAAAAUGAAGUACACAUACCUGCCUGGCUGCAAUAUAACUACUCUUGCUAGUGAAAGAAAUUCAGGCUGACUUUGUGGCAUAAAUCAGUUACAGGCUAAGCAGUUUGCCUCAGGUGCUCCCUAAGGUUCACUUCAAUGGAGGAAGCUAUGAAGCAAGCCCUUGGCAGCAAAUACCUGCCAGCCCAAAUGACUGGGCUCUGUGCUAUAAAGUGGGAUUUCUGGGCAAGUUCCACCAAUAGUUUUCCCAUGAAGAAGCCAGACUGCACUUUAUGAACAAUACCACCAGCAAUUAAAUAUAUACUAUUGUGAUAAAUAUUUUACCUGGUGUUUGGUUCAGUAGCAUAACUAAGGUGGAGCAACUGGUGUAUUAGGCCCCAGGUGUUGAUUUAAAGGUGGGAGGCAAUCUGGCUGCAGCUGCUGCCCCAUGCACGGUUGCCACCCAGGGUACAGAACUGUCCGGUUAUGCCUCUGGUCUGCUGUAGAGCAUAGAAACGGCCAGCAUGAGAAUGGGGCAACAGAAUAGAGAUGUAGUAAAAAGAUAAACAUUUGCACAGAAUGGACUUUUGUCCUAUUAGCCACAUUUGACACUUUAUAAGAGACCUAUGUGAAUGAAUUCAUGCUUCAUUUAAAGGAGGGUCUGUUUGGUCUGCACAGCAACACAUUAAAGAGUUUUCUGGCUUUGUUUGGUUUUUAGAUGCAUGUACUGACAGGAGUACAAAACACUUGCCAGAGGCUGAAGCACUCUCAAUUACACUACACAAAAAUUUACUACUUGUCUUGGUUAAACCCCAUACUUGUUUAAGGGAAAGAUUAUAUAUAGCCUUGGAUGUGACUUCUGUAAUUAAAAACUAAUUAAAGCAAAGAAAUUAUAGUUUAAUUAGAGUAUUAUGCCUUGAUUCUGGAAGGCACAGAAGGCUUGUAGUUUUGUGGCAUGGAAGCUCUAAAGAGCAGCACAGAAGCAACAUGCAGGUCACCAAAGAGAAAAAGGAGGGUAAUAAAAAAAACAACUCAUGACCUGGAGUGC